GCUAGAUUGGAUCCACUAAACGUGUCGACGUCAUAGGACGCGCCUCGUGGCCCGCCUUAUCCUGCCUCUGAUUGGCUUACCCUGAUAUUCUCACCCUAACUUUAACCAAUCCCCACUCCUAGUGCCCGAAGCUAACUACGUCGAUCAUUCUAGCAGAUCCGAUUUAGGAUUUAGGUUAACUCCGCGGUUUUUUUUUGUUUUUUUUACAGCGAAAUGUAGGCUACAAUUGAAAAUGUACAGUGAAAUGACGCGUUAGUAGUUUUAACACCUGAGCCGCUGUCAGAACUCUUACUUAACGCAUUGCGUGCUGCCUCCCGGUUGAACCUAUCAAAAUGGAGGACGAGGAGCCAAUGCGGUCUGUCAUGUUCCUGAUGACUUACAUGCUGCUGAAGCGCAGGAGAGACUUACACGACGCUAACGUCCAGAGGCGCAACGAGAUCCAAAGACGCAUCAGGCAUCGGCAGUACUUCUUCCAGAGACAGAGGAGGAUGCUCAUGAUGAUGAUAGCAGGAGGAAUCCACUCCAACGUCUGCAUCCGCACACGUCCCUGGACCACCACCCAAAGCACUGAUUGGUGGGAGCGGGUGGUGAUGACAGAAUUCCAGCCAUCUGAUUGGCUGGAUAAGUUCCGUAUGAGCCGGGAGACGUUCUUCUACCUCUGUGACAAGCUGAGGCCCCGUCUGGCUCGCCAGGACACCAGCUUCCGCCUGGCGCUGCCGGUGGAAAAACGCGUAGCAGUGGCUCUGUGGCGCCUGGCAUCCAACAUCGAAUACCGCACCAUCAGCACCCUGUUUGGGGUGGGGAAGUCCACCGUGUGCAGGUGUGUUAGGGACAUGUGUCACGCCAUUGUGGCGCUCCUCAGCUCCAUUUACCUGCGGCCCCCCAGUGAGCAGGAGCUGGAGGAUUCAGCCCAACUCUUCCUGUCCAACUGGGGCUUUCCUCACUGCGUUGCUACCAUAGCAACACUCCACACAGCUAUCAUCACCCCAUCAAAUAACGCGUCUGACUACGCUAACCCCGCUGGCUGGCUCUCAGUGCUGUCUCAGGUGGCUGUUAGUGGCAGUGGGCAAUUCUGGGAUGUAUGUGCCAGUUUCCCAGGUGGUACGGACCCAGCAGACAUCUUCCAGAACUCAUCGCUGUGGGCCACAGCUGCAGAGGGUGGACUGUCGCCUGCCCCGCCACCUAUCUUCAUGGGAAAACCACUUAGGUAUGUGCUGCUGGGUGAGGCCUGCCACCCUCUCCAGAGCUGGCUGAUGAAGGCCUAUCCUGAGGAAAAGGGCAAGAGGGCCAGCCACACAGCACUGACAGAGCCACAGCGGCUCUUUAAUCGGCGGCUCACCAGAGCCCUUCGUGUGUCUGAGGAGGCGCUGCUGAGGCUGAGGGCACGCUGGCAGUGUUUAAGCAAGAGGAACGACUGUGGACUGGACGUAGUGCCCACCAUGAUUCUAGCUUGCUGCAUUCUGCACAACAUAUGCGAGUCCCACGGGGACGCCUUUAAAGCAGAGUGGAAGGUGGAGUCUGCCGAGGCAGAGAGCCCCCAGCCCAGCCACAAGCAGCUCCCCUCAACCAACAUUGACCAAAGCAAUGCUGAGGAGGUCCGACACCUAUUCUGUGACUAUUUUAAACAGAAUAAUUGAUAAAGCUUCCUUCACAUUUAGAAUAAUGUUUUUGAAAUCCCUGUAAACAUUUGUACUUUUUUUUUAAGCCACACAAAGUGAAGAUGCCUUUACAUUGGUGCCUCCAUCUGGCCAAUAGUCACAUGUUUUGCCCCACUAAUGGCAGAAGUAGCUUUUUUUCAGGUAUCAAACAAUACUUUUCUAUUGUGUAUUAAGCAUCACAGUCUGAAAGGGGCUAUCUAUCAUGACCCUCAUUUAUUUUGUUUUCUAAAUUUGUAUGUAGUGCAUCAUUGUUUAAAGAUUCCAGUUGUAUAAAAUGAGUUUGUUAAUUAUGGUUCCAUCUUAUAUUUGAUUGGGUUCGUCUGUGUGUAAUGUAAACAUGUGUUACAGUUGUGGAAACCUGUAGAAAAUUAAUUUUGCUAGACAUGGGUA